GGGACCCGGACGUCAAUCGGGCACAGGCGCGCGGUCGCCUCCUCCACCACCACCACAGCCGCCGUCUCCGCCGUCUCCUCAUCCAUCGUCCUCCUCCAUCGCCCUCCUCCUCCUUCUUCUUCCUCGCUCGGCGCACAGUUUCCCUCCUCGCCGGCCCGCCACCGAGAGUUGUAACGUGUGUGCGUUACGUGUGUUAGUGUGUGUGUGUGUGUGGUUUCGUGUCUCUCACUAAACCUCCGUCGCCUCGCCGGGAGUCCCACGAUGGGUAACGAGAGCAGCUACCCACUGGAAAUGUGCUCCCAUUUUGACGCAGACGAGAUCAAGCGUCUGGGCAAGCGUUUCCGCAAAUUGGACCUGGACGGCUCGGGUUCACUAAGCGUUGAAGAGUUCAUGUCGCUGCCUGAGCUCCAACAGAACCCGCUCGUCCAACGCGUCAUAGACAUCUUUGACACAGAUGGCAACGGGGAGGUGGAUUUUAAAGAGUUUAUUGAAGGCGUGUCACAAUUCAGCGUAAAAGGGGAUAAAGAUCAAAAACUACGCUUUGCAUUCAGAAUUUACGACAUGGACCGAGAUGGCUACAUCUCCAACGGGGAGCUCUUCCAGGUGCUCAAGAUGAUGGUGGGAAACAACCUGAAGGACACACAGCUGCAGCAGAUUGUUGACAAGACCAUCAUCAAUGCCGACAAGGAUGGCGACGGGCGGAUAUCUUUUGAGGAGUUCUGCGAGGUUGUUGGCGGUAUGGACAUCCACAAGAAGAUGGUGGUGGAUGUUUGAAGUCUCCGCCCAUCCUCCUUCAUCUUCCCCUCUCGCUGGCCUGCCAGGGAGCUGCACCCUGCUGCCCACUGCUAGUAUUGCGCGUCCCUCUCUCUUGCAGAAGUCCCCAUUCUGGGGCUUGGUGAGAUCUCAUUCAGCAGACAGGGUUCCCCCCCCGCCCCCCCUCUUGUAACGCAUAUCCACAAAACAAGCUUCACGUCGCGUCGGUGGCCACAAACGUACCCCCGCGUCCACGCGGACGAAUUGAUGCAUGCAAAUAUUAGCAAGCGUUGAGCGGCUGGUCAAUUAGUCCUUCAUCCUGACAUUCAGAUUGGUGCACAGCAUCAGAUAUUGGUGUUCUCAUAAGGGAAGUCUUAAAAUCCCAUUGUCAGCGUAUGACAAGUGGAUUGUUAUUAGUUGCGCAUUAUUUUUUUUAAUGGAGAGAGGAAACAAUGGCUGUGUUUGGCGAUGUUAACUUUCAAAAAUAAUUACCAAUCAUAUUGCUGUGAGAAGUGGGCCAUUGCGUUGGUUGCAAGUGUUAAGAGUAGGUGGCAUAUUCUGAACUUUGUCCGUGUUCGUAGGGUUGUGUGCGUUGAUUUGGGCGGUGAACCAUGCGCAUGGCAGAAGGUCGCAUUUAAAAAUAAAACCGGUGGCUUUUUAUAAAUGAUGCGGUGUAUGCCGUAUACACAUCUGCGUCACUUGGCAUGUGUAAAGUAGGACAUUUUUCUUUGCCGUUUCAUGAAAUGCUGUUAACUGGGAAUGACUCAAGUCAGUUCCAUCUGAGAAGUGUUUACUUCCUGUUACAUGCAAGGUUUACUUCCGUGUCACAAAAAAGUGUUUAACUUUUUAAACAAGGCAGCAUCAAUUAUUUUUGAUAGGGGCAUUAUAAUAAAAGCCUUUGUUACAGCUUUGCUCAUAUUUCCAUGCGCAAAAUAUUUUUAUUAUUAUUUGGUACGCAUAGCUUUGUGUCAGGGGGUCAAACGAUAAUUGGGAGUCAAAGGAAUCCACAUAGUAAUUUCCACAGUCUUAAGUAUUUGGUGGUGUUAAUUUCAUAAAUGUGAAUUGCUCCAAUGUGGAGCAUGCCAAUUUCAGAUACCUCUGUUGGCCACAUCUGGUGUGAGGGACUUUGGAAAUGUGAUGCAGAUAUCUUUACGCUCCUUGCAUGAGGCCUAAGAUGUGUCUCUUGACGGUCCACGGUGUCCGCUGCUGGUUUCGUUAGACAAAAACCAAACGAAGAAGAAAAAACAAACAAACGUGCUAAAUCUUUUGUGGCAUCAAAACAACAUGUGCAGUGUUGUACCACUGUUGUGUUGUGUGUGCUCCGUUGUAAAGUGGAAGGCUUUCAUAAUUUUGUUCAAUUCACUUAGUACUGUCUCGUAGUGUGUAUAGUUCCGUGAUUAAUAAUGUUGCGCAAGUUUAUUGUAUACUGUGCACUCGAUUGUUUCUCUGGUUGGUGCUGUCGGGGAAGACUUGCAUGGUCUUAAAGUUCUGGGAACGCGGGGGUCAUUCCGUCAAAAAAAAACUAGAUUCAGGAGAUGGGCCACAAAGGGAGGCUUGCUGCACCAGUAUUCCUGCCAAGCAAGGUAUUUUCAUGUUAUAACUGCUGUGGUCUAUACAGGUGAAGCAACCUUUUAAGUGAUUGCUAUGGCCAUUUCAAAUUUUCAGUGACAUUUCAGUUUGAUAAAAGAUUAAAAACACCACAUUGACUCCGUACCAAAAUGAGUUAUGUAAUGGCUUUACAUGACCGUUUUAAGGCUGCAAUUCUACAAUAUAUGUCCACACCCUUU